CUCUCCUUGACCACCAUUGCUUGGUCUCCAAAGCAAUUAGUUGGACAAGGUUUCUAGGACGGAUCAGUGCUCAGUUCGCUUUUUUCCUCUCGAAGGAACUAAAGUAGAUUCGCGCGAACUUCCUCAAGACGAUGAAAUGGUGAAGCCAAUCAACCUCACCCGUUUGGGAUUGGCGGUGGUUGCGACCUUUAUUCUGCGUCUUGAUCCAACCCAUGGAACAAAAGUGGAUGGAGCGUGGAGUCCCUGGAGCCGAUUCCUGACCCCGUGCGUCAAAGCCAACGAUCCCAGCGUGAUUGUCAUAUGUGGAGGCGGAGUGAGGCAGCGAUAUCGGUCAUGUUCCAAGCCAUCCCCACAAAUGGGCGGAGCCCCGUGUGUGCCAGAGCCCGUAACCGGCAAGAACGACACGGAUAUGCACCCAUGUAACACCCACGCCUGCCAAUUGCCGGGGGAUUUUUUGUGGUCGGCUUGGUCGGAUUGUUCCAACGUGUGUGCGCGAGGCACUCGACGUCGGUACACCAUGUGUGGAACCAUUCGAAAGAAAGCGGAGGGCAUUUCUGUGGACCAUAACCCCAAUGUUAGCACAUCCGCGGGAAAUGGAACGGACGCGAUUAAUGGGACGGAUGCGGUUAACGCGACGACUGAAGCCACGGCAAAUGCUAAUGUGACUGCUAAUAAUUCAAACGGUGAUGCGGGUGUGGAGCGGAGGAAGCGGUCGUCUCUAUUUAAAGAAGGCGAUUCCUUGGACCUUUUCGAAUUGGAAUAUGAGGAAUCAUGCGUUGGUAAUCAGUUCAACGAAACGUUUGAGCCUUGCAACUCAUGGAAUCGAGAAAAGUGCCCGAACCCUUGCCAGUUCGUGAGCUGUCCCCCGUUCGCCAAAUGUGUAGAUAAAAGCACCGACCAAGAUCCAGUCACAGAAUGUCAAUGUCAACUUGGCACCAUUAUGACCGAGGACAAGAAUGCUUGCGUGGCUCCACCUCCGACCACUCCGACCCCGCGACCGAUCCCAACCAUGCCUGCUGCCCAGAAAGCCGUUAGUAAUGUCAUUACCCGUGGUGCGUCCACGUUGAUAAUCAUCUUCUUAGGGCUUUCUUUGGGCCUUUUCUUCAUGUUGAGAAUCUUUGAUUCAUCGCGUGUCAUCCACAUGAACAUGGAGAUAGCCUUACUGCUUGCGCAUAUCUGUAUGCUGCCUUCGGUGUAUGAAAGCAAUCCCGAAGCAUGCCGGAUUUUGUCGAUAUUGAUACACUUCUUCUUCACGGCCUGCUUCGUCUUCAUGUUCUUGGAAGCCGUUCACAUGUACUCAAUGGUGGCAUGGGUGGUCCAUCGGGAUGGCUUGAUGACCCGCGUUCAAAACACUCUGGUCGGGUGGGGAUGCGCUUUCGUGAUUGUGCUCUUCAAUAUGUGCUUUGAGUAUCGCCACUACGGAGCUUCGUACCAUUGUUGGCUUCAGAUGGACACGAACCUGAUGUAUGGCCAAUAUAUUCCAAUCAUUAUUCUGGUAGUCCUGACCUUUGCCAUCGUGGAAUCCGCCGGAUCCUCUGACAAAUACACCCAGCUCGAUGAUGUGGACAAGAGGCAACGGAAAACCGCCAAGAUCAUGCAACGCACGCUGAUCUUCAUCCUUCCUUUGGUGUUUUGCUCGUUUGCCAUUGGAACCCUUGCCGAGUACGAACAGAAUAUUUAUCUUUAUUCGAUAUUUACCAUCAUCAAUGGAGUCGUGGGUGGAAUUGUUUUCUUCUUUCAUUGCACCGCCAACGAAAGCGUCCGAGACAUUUUGGAUCGAUUCAGGAAGAAACUCUGCCCUCCCAAAGAGAAAAUCGACGAUGAGGAUCAAGUGGAUAAUCAAGAUUGAUAGACAGACUUGUUUAAUAAUAAUAUUGAUAGGGAGCAUUAUUAAACACAAAUAAUAAUAUUCUUCGUCAUGGAAACGCGAGAUUUGAUUUCUAGACGUAUGGAGGGUGACGUA